UGCCUGCGAAAAGUCAUUUGUUUAUAAGCAAGGGAAAGAUCUUUGCAGUGUAUAAUUUGUGUACAGCGUUAUGAUUGUUUAAUGAUUGGAGUGUCAGUACGGCAUAAUUUUCGUUAUCCUGUUACGUAUAAGAAGUUGUGAGCUGUAGGUUUUGCUUCACGAAAAUGUGAAUCACAUCUAAGAAAUGCAAGACUGUCCCUGUUCGAGAACAUGCAUGUGCUGUUUGUUGAAGCCUGGGAAGCAAAACAAGAAUUGUGAGCAAAGCAAGUUUGAAAACAAGGGCAAGCCUAUCAUAUACAUGGCAUCUGUUUCACAUCCUGUGUAACACGUAUGAGGAUAAGUGACUUAUUUGUAAUUGAGUCCUAAUGCAAAAUAAAAGUUCGACCAGAACAGUUCAUAUUAACCUGUCGAGUGCAGUGGAGUACCCACACACUCAGCUCGACACACACAACCAAAGGAAUCGUAUAUAUUUUGUAGAACGUCAAAGUGUCCUCCAACUCAUGACGAAGUCUGCUAUCUUCUUCAAACAGAAGCGGCUAAGAGAAACCAAUACACACCCUUUAGAAAGGAUAACACUCUACUUGUGAUAAUUGGUAUUGUGACGAUAUCAGGUGAUAGCAGUCUCUCUCUUUGCUAGUGGAAUGUUGCAGAUAAGUUAGAAAGGAUCUCUUCAUGAAUGUAUGGUUCUGCCAUUAGCAGAAAUUUUGUAGCUGUAGCGUAUGUUGCCAUCACCUGGUGCAAGUGCAGGGCGGCUGCUGGCACGGCUUUGGGUGGGUGAUCCUCGGCCGCCAGGCUGCUCUCCACCACCUGCGCCACAAACUGUCAGUCGUGGCACUGAGACAACACCUCCAAGGCAUACCCAUCGUCCAUUUGUGUGUGGCCACUGCGGUAAGGCUUAUGCACAGUCAUCACACCUAGCACACCACGGACGUACACACACUGGAGAGCGUCCAUUUGCAUGUCAGUUCUGUGGAAAGACAUACAUGCAGUCAUCACAUCUGACCCACCAUCGCCGCACUCAUACUGGCCAACGUCAGUUUGUAUGCAAGGUAUGUGGGAAGUCGUACUGCUAUUCAUCUCACCUAGCAGUACACACAAGGACACACACAGGUGAAAGGCCCUUCACAUGCCAACAGUGCGGGAAGACUUUCGCACAGUCAUCGCACCUGUCACAUCACCGCCGUACUCAUACAGGAGAGAGGCCAUUUGUGUGUAAGGAAUGUGGGAAGUCAUACAUGUACUCAUCACAUCUUGUAGUACAUCGACGGUCUCACACUGGUGAAAAACCAUUUAUUUGUAGAGACUGUGGUAAGGCAUUUGCAGAAUCAUCAAAGUUGGCACAACAUUCACGUACUCACACAGGAGAACGUCCAUAUUCCUGCUCAGAAUGUGGCAAGACCUACUCUCAUUCUUCACAUCUUGCUGCCCACCGCCGCACACAUGGUGGCGUGGAGGAUGAAAGGGCAUUUGCUUGCCCAUGCUGCCCUCGAGCUUUUGCUGCAGCUACAAAAUUGGCUGAGCAUGCCAGAUCACACCUUCAGCAGCAGCAGCAGCAGCAGCAGCAGCAGCAGCAUGGCCACAGUACAACUACAUUGUCAUCUUGCAAGGUGUGUGGAAAAGCUGUUACAAGAAGUGCUGAUUCUCCUGCAAGUGAUAUCCCCCCUGUCUGCCAAGAAUGUGAGGAGAAAGCAUUUUCACAUUGCCUUGCUUUGUCGUGGCAUGCUCAUAUGCAGACACAGAAUGGAGAACGCCUGAAGUUGACUGUAACAGCAACACAACCAGCACUGACACUGCCACGUCCAGCAACUGCAACACGCUGAGGAUGUUAUAAUCAGACGAAUAUCUUAUAUGUCUAAUCUAUGAUGUUUUUGGAUAUGAUUACUACAAACUAUCAGGCAAUUUCAGAACCCCUCCAAGUGCAUUUUUUAACAAUCUGUUACUUACCAUAAUUGAUUAUUUCUUCUUAAGAAUGGUGGGGGGAUAAGGUUAUUGACCACCUAAUUUUUGUGCAUCAUUUGUAACAAAAAGUGUAUUGUGGAAGUCAAGAAUUGGCUUGUAAAAAUACUUAAACAUUGUGAGCUGGAUGCAACAUAAUUUUACAAUAAAAUAAUUGCAGAUACUGUUGUAAAUACGUGUAAUAAAUGUUUUCUCUGUGAAAGUACCGUUCUUGGUGUUUGUGUUGCAACAUUAUUUUACUUGUUUACACACUGGCUGGGAAAUGUAAUUUCACUGCCUGUAAUUAAGAAUAAAGGAAAAAUACUUAUUGAAAAAGAAUACUUCAGAAAAUGUGAAAUGGCCAUAUAAACGGCCCACAAAAAUUUGACUGGAUUGACAGGUAUGGUAGGAAGUUGCAUUCAAGCAAAUCUAAUUCUGAGAGCUUCAGUGUCUUGUGUUUUAAUGGCUGUCACCAGGCUCACUUUUGCUUUAGACUGAAAUCCUCUUAGAUUGCAGUGGAGUGUUCACUGUUCUAAACCUUCAUAUGAGUUUAAAUUGUGUUCUGAAUUUGAACUUCAACCCAAAUUUAUGCCAUUCUCAUUCAUUACUCCACCACCUAUUAUCCUAGAACAUUUUGUGGAAAUAUUAAUAUAUCAGAGUCUAAUUUUGGAACAGUGUGUUAAUCUGCUACAAAGGUUUAAAAAGAAUGCAACAGUUGUGUAACGUGCAAUUUAGCCUUAUUCUUAGUAUUAAUUUUUUUCUAUCAUUAUUCCAUUAUAUCUAUGGAAAGCUUCAUAAACAGAAGAAAAUUCCUUGUACUUCAUGUUUUAGGACAUAGAUAAUUUAUAACCAGCUGUAUGAUGACUAAUGAGCUGAAUAAUUUCCUCAUACUUGAUUAUUUAACUGCCCAUAUUUAUUGUGUGUGUUUCUCAUGUACAAAAGUAAUUGUUUCUACCUCUGUAAGUAAGUCCAUAAACUAAAAGUAAAUACUUACAUCGGCCCUAUUCUGUCUUUCUUGUCAUCUCUAUUUUUUACCUACACAUGCUAUUUUCAGAUCAUAGUGACAAGUACACAGUAUUUUAAGUAUGCAUUCUUCCAUGUCCACUCUUUCUUUCUGAAUGAAACUAGUUUUCUUUCAGAUGCAGAUAACAUAUGAGAGUAGAUUUGCUCAUUGUACAACUCAGUAGCAGUGUCUUGAACACCCAAGGGCUCAUCACGCAACUGCAACACUGAGAAACAUACCAUCACAUGUCCGCAGCUCGUGGUCUAGUGGCUAGCAUUGCUGCCUCUGGAUCAUGGGGUCCCUGGUUCGAUUCCCGGCUGAGUUGGGGAUUUUCUCUGCCUGGGAACUGGGUUUUCGUGUUGUCCUCAUCCUUUUAUUAUUAUUAUUAUUAUUAUUUUUAUCAUCAUCAUCAUCAUCAUAAUUCGUGACAGUGGCUCGAUUGGAUUGUGUAAAAAUUAGACUGUGAGAAAAUUGGGACUUUUUAUGGGUGCUGAUGACCGCACAGUUGAGCGCCCCAUAAACCAGUCAUCAUCAUCGUCAACAACAACAACAACAGAAUCAACAUUCCAUCACUGCAUUUUACUAGGCACAAAAGUCUUGCUGCCUUUGCGGAGGCAACACGUUGUAUUAAAACCACAGAGAGAUUAAGCCUCGACAGUACUUAUCUUUAGGAGAUGAAAUUCCCAGUGACACUGAUAGAUAAACAUAAAAUAGAAUGCAGUGUUAUUAACAUUUAGAAAAGAAGGCAUCUUCUUUAGAGAAGGAAGAGGAAUUCUUUGGGGCAGGUUGAGAAAAGGGGCAGAUCACUGGGACCUUAAGUUAAAGAGAGACCCACCUCAGCUGUAAGUGAUUUGCCUCCAGACCACCUUCCAACCUCCCCCAAACCACAUCCUUUCACCUUCCUGAGAAGGAACAUGUUCCAAAUAUUAAUAUAUUGUGUUCUAAUUAAGUGUUGUUAUCAACUGUACUGGGAGAUGUCUCUCGUGAAGGUAAGUAUUGGCCAGUCUUUAUUCCUGUUUGUGAUUUUUAACAGUUUUAGGAGUUGAAUUUUCAUUUUUACGUAGUUAACUUAUUGUGCUCUCAUGUAUGUGUGAAUGGUUUAUCCAGCCAGUUAUAAAUAUGUACUGCAGGAAAUCACAGAAACAAUAAAUCUUGGAUGCAGGGUACUAGUGUUUGCUGUCUAACUUCAACAUUGUUUUUUCCUACCAGCAGAUUUGGUACAUUUACCCUAUUCUGUACUUUUGAUGGAGAAGAGACUUCUGAUGUGUUGAGAUGUGAUAGUUCUCGUUUUUGACACUUACGCAAAUGGAAUUUUGCUGUCUUAUUCGUAAAAAAGCUAAUCAUCCGUGACUGUAAGGUUUUCCUUUGCCAGGGCAAUUCUGCGAAAUCUUGAUUGGCAGGUGGCAGUGUAGUGAUUUAGGAACUUUGCAGCUGUGUAAUUUACCUCGCCAUACAGACAGGCAUACACAGUCAUGCCAGAAAAAAUAUCUUGUCUCAUUCACUGCAAAACUAACACAAGUUGUCCCUACACUAACUACUCCCUCCCCCGUGCUCAUGUCAUCUCAGAGGUGGCUCCUAUCCACAAAUCUACAAAAAAUAUUACACAUGCUAGAGUAAUAUACAGCACAACAAUUUCACAGGAGAAUAAAAAUUAUAAUAAAAACAAAAAAGAGCCUGCUAGAAGAACUGAAUAUAAAUUUCUCAGUUUUUAAGCAAUGGCAUUUUGAGUAAAAUACUUGAUGGUGGCAGAGUUAGUCAUCAAAAAGUGUUUUAUUUGAAAUGAUGCGACUUGAAAAUCAAGAAGAUUUUAUUCACAAAUGUAACAGUUGUUAUUAAUUCUCAGGUUGAGUGAAUUAAUAAGUAACAUAGUGUGAGAUUUUUAACUGAGAGAAAGUUAAGUGUCUCCAUAUAGUUUGAAGCACCACUGUGAAUAUCAUUUGAUGUGCCUGCCUUCUUACACACAUUCUGCUGAAGUGUUACGAUUAAUAAAAUCUUAUUUCUUAUGCUAUUUCAGCUCUAAGUGAACAUUUAUAAUUGUAGUGACUACCUUUGUCAUAAUCAGUGGUGGUGAGUAUCACCAGUUCUUGCCAUAGUGUGUCCAAAAUUUUCAUGUGGAAAUAAUGAUGGUACCUUUCAUUGGACAAAUAGGUAUAGUUGAUGUAAGUACAGGACCACCACUGGCACAGCCAUUAACACACCUUCAGGCAGCUGAAUGUAGAUCAUUACAGUCACUUAGCAUAAAGAGUUUGAUUUGAUCUGUAGAUACGUUUGAUUAGUAGAUAACCUCAUUGCAGUGGUGUAUUUGAAAUUUUAUAAACUGUUUUGGAACAGACUGAAUAUGGCCAAACAUUGAUCUAGGCAGGCAGGCGGUACUGGAGACAUCCUCAUCAAUUCAGAUUUCUCUUACGCAUUUCAUUCUAAAGUUCCUGCAGUGUGUCAAGUAUGCUUAUCCACAACAUUAUUGGCAUUGACUGUGAGACUUGAAGUUGGUUGGGUGGUUCGUUGCAUGGAGAUAACUACAAGGUUGUCAGUCCCUCACUUGCAAAAUGGAUAAUAGCAUUGCUAAGCCAAGGUAAAAGUAAUCUAAGCAAGUUAUUGUGCUGUGUGGAAAAUAGUAAGAUAAAGAUGUCUGGAAUAUUGACAAUGCUAGGGUGACAGCAUUGCAGUGUGGGAUCAGGAUUCACAGGUCAUUAAAUUUUAAUGUAUAUGCCCAUUGUGACUGUUAUAUAUAUCAAUAUAACUUCGAUAUAUGUAUUUCGUUGUCUUAUACAAUGUGUGUGGUAAAUCUGACUCCACACUUCUUUAGAAUACAGCCUACUUUGGUGGUUGUGAUAGAGUGUAAAGGAAAUUGUGUAGUUAACUCUGCCAUAAUCUCAUUUGAUCUGUGUGUUUUGUAGUUUUGUGUAACUUGAUUCAGUUUGGAUUGUAGUUUAUAGUCACUGGAGAUCGCUUGACUCUCGUGUGCUGCAGGUAGACCUGAGAAGGCAUUUUACUGAAGGUCAUAAAAACCAGUUAACUGAUUUUCAUUAUAUAUUCAUUAAACAGUUUGAUAUGUGACCAGAACAUGGAAAAAAUUCAUUGUUAUAUACUUUUGUAAUAAAUUAAAUAUUAGGUUAGAACACAGUGAAGUGAUCUGUUAUAUUUCAGUGUCUCCAUGAGAUCAAUUAAGGAAAAUGCAUGUUACACUGUUGCAAAGACUGGAUUCCCACUUCCUCCUUUGUAGGGCUUGAAGCUUCCAAUUUAUAUGAAGAUUUCACAAUAGUGAGAGAUUUGCAUCUUCUGGAGAAGAUUAUGGUAGUGCCUAUUAAAAGGCUGAAUAUAUAACAAGAACUGAUGGAGCUUAGGUGCCAAGGAGAUUUCAUUGACAUAUAACAUUACAAUAAAAGAUAAGGUCAAGCAGUCAUUCAGUUUUUCCAUAGUUUUUGUGCUACUCAUUGCAAAGGAAAGAUAAUUUGUGGUUAAUGAACCACUUAAUGAAAUUGAUUUUGAAUUACAGCUGAAGCUACAGUUUAUAUAUUUGAUCAUUUUAAAGAUAAGAUAUGACACCAAUAGCACUGAAUAUGUGUAUGUCAUUGGCCCGCAGCUGUUAGGUUUAACUCGGUAGACUGUACAGUAUUUGGAAAUGUCUUACACAAAUAUAAUUGUUAAUUCAAGUUUCGUUGUACAUAGCACUCCCAAGUGUAUGAGAGUUAAGUAGGGAGGAAAUACUGAGAUGAGAUGUUUUUCUGGAACACUUGGCUAGAAUGAAUGUUAAUGUACUGCUGGUGACAGCUACUUCUGAAUUAAACUCUUUGUUGUUUGAGGAAUUCAGCCAUAAAUAAUAAUCAUCUUGUUGCAUGAGAAAACUGCUGCUUUAAAAUAUUAUUAAUUGAAAUUGACUAAGCCAAGUAACACCCCAAAACAUGCAAAUUAUUAUUUAGCAAUAAAAUUUUAUUGAAGUGCAAGAUUAAUUUGUCUUGCCACAGUAUACAAAUAAAAUUUGUUUUGUUUUGUGAGCCUAAUUGGUGGUAUAUAUUUUUCACUAAAUUGUUUAAUAAUUAGCAUAUAUAACAAAGAAUGUGUGUAUUUGUGACCACCAGGAAUAAAACGUGUUUUGCAAG